AUGUAUCCAACGUGCCGGACACACGCCGUUGGUUUAACCCGGCAAUGGACAAUGUUUGGGGUUUCGACCGGACUGAAGUGGCGGACGAGUUGGAUUCUAUUGUUUUCAGUCUUCAUCCACCACGCAAGGGCUCAGGAUGACGUGCCCCCGUACUUUAAGACGGAGCCCGUGCGCAGUCAGCUGCACCUGGAGAGGAACCGGCUGGUGCUCACCUGCAUGGCCGAGGGCAGCUGGCCGCUGGAGUUCAAGUGGAUCCACAACGGCAGCGAGAUCACCCGCUUCUCAUUGGAGUACAGCAGGAAGUGGGCCUUCGACUCCUGUAAGCUUGCGGACCGCGCGGCUCUCUGCGACAGGAUGAUGGAUGGCACUGUCACCGCACAGCCGCUCAUCAAACUCAGCAUCACGUGGCGGAAGGACGGGGCCGUGGUGAGCAGCGGUCUGAGCGACUUCAACCGCAGGCUGACGGUGAUCAGCCCCCUGGUGGCCGACGCGGGGUACUACGAGUGCGAGGCCGUCCUGAGGAGCAGCAGCGUGCCGUCCGUCAGCGCCGGCGCCUAUCUGCACGUGCUCGAGCCCCCCCAGUUCAUGAAGGCAGAGAGACACAUCACUGCUGAGAUGGAGAAGGUGGUGGACAUCCCCUGCCAGGCCCGAGGCGUGCCGCUGCCAGAGAUGGUUUGGUAUAAGGACGGCGUGCCCAUCAGCCCGGUGAAGACACCGCGGUACAGGGUGCUGGCGGGCGGCAGUCUCCAGGUCAACGGUCUCCUGCCCGACGACACCGGGAUGUUCCAGUGCUUCGCCCGCAAUCUGGCCGGGGAGGUGCAGACCAAUACCUACCUGGCUGUCACCAGCAUCGCUCCAAACAUCACCGCGGGCCCGUCAGACAGCACGGUGAUUGACGGCAUGUCCGUCAUCCUGCACUGCGAGACCUCUGGGGCUCCCCGCCCCGCCAUCACCUGGCAGAAAGGAGAGCGGAUUCUGGCCAGCGGCUCGGUGCAGCUCCCCCGCUUCACCCUGCUGGAGUCCGGCAGCCUGCUCAUCAGCCCGUCCCACAUCUCCGACGCCGGCACCUACACCUGCAUGGCCAGCAACUCCCGCGGCAUCGACGAGGCUGCCGCCGACCUGGUGGUCUGGGCUCGGACACGCAUCACCAGUCCCCCGCAGGACCAGAGCGUCAUCAAGGGCACCAAGGCCUCCAUGACCUGCGGGGUGACCCAUGACCCCAGGGUCACGGUCCGGUACGUGUGGGAGAAAGAGGGGAGCGUGCUGAACGCCCAGGCCGUCCCCCGCAUCCGCAUGGAGCUGGACGGCACGCUGCACAUCUCCCAGACCUGGUCCGGAGACAUCGGGACCUACACCUGCAGGGUCACGUCUGUCGGGGGGAACGAUUCACGCAGCGCACACCUGCGCGUCAGGCAGCUCCCGCACGCCCCGGAGAACCCCGGCGCGGUGCUGAGCUCCUCGGAGAAGAGAGCGAUUAACCUGACCUGGACCAAGCCCUUCGACGGGAACACGCCGCUCUUCCGAUACAUCCUGGAGGUGUCGGAGAACAACGCCCCCUGGACGGUGAUCCUGGCGAACAUAGACCCAGACUCCAGCUCGGUGACGGUGAGCGGGCUCAUCCCAGCGCGCUCGUACCAGUUCAGGCUCUGCGCCGUGAACGACGUGGGGAAGGGCCAGUUCAGCAGGGAGACGGAGCGGCUCUCCCUGCCAGAGGAGCCUCCCAGCGCCCCCCCGCAGAACGUCAUCGCCAGCGGCCGCACCAACCAGUCCAUCAUGAUCCAGUGGCAGCCCCCCCCGGAGAGCCACCAGAACGGCCUGCUGAGGGGGUACGCCGUGCGGUACUGUCUGGCGGGGCUUCCCGUGGGGUACCAGUACAAGAACAUCACCAACCCCGACGUCACCAACCUGCUGCUGGAGGACCUGAUCAUCUGGACCAACUACGAGAUCGAGGUGGCGGCCUACAACGGGGCGGGGCUGGGCACCUUCAGCCACAAGGUGACCGAGUGGACCCUGCAGGGAGUGCCCACCAUUCCUCCGGGCAACGUGCAGGCUGAGGCAGUGAACUCCACCACCAUCCGCUUCACCUGGACCGCCCCCAGCCCGCAGUUCAUCAACGGCAUCAACCAGGGCUACAAGCUGUUAGCAUGGGAGCCGGGACAGGAAGAGGAGGUCGCCGUGGUGACCGUGCGGCCCAAUUUCCAGGACAGCGUCCAUGUCGGCUACGUCCCGGGGCUGAAGAAGUUCACCGAGUACUUCACCUCCGUGCUCUGCUUCACCACGCCGGGGGACGGCCCUCGCAGUGCGCCCAAAGGCCUGCGUACCCACGAGGACACCCCGGGAGCGGUCGGCCACCUGAGCUUCACCGAGAUCCUGGACACGUCCCUGAAAGUGAGCUGGAGGGAGCCCCACGAGAAGAACGGUGUCCUGACAGGGUACCGGAUCUCCUGGGAGGAGUUCAACCGCACCAACACGCGCGUGACGCACUAUCUGCCCAACGUCACCCUGGAGUACCGCGUCACCGGGCUGACCGCCCUCACCACCUACACCAUCGAGGUGGCCGGGAUGACCUCCAAGGGCCAGGGCCAGCUGUCCUCCUCCACCAUCUCCUCUGGAGUCCCCCCAGAGCUACCUGGCCCCCCCACCAACAUGGCCAUCUCCAACAUCGGACCGCGCUCCGUCACCCUGCAGUUCAAACCCGGCUACGACGGCAAGACCUCCAUCUCACGCUGGCAGGUGGAGGGGCAGAUCGGUGUGAUUGGAGAGGCUGAAGACUGGGUUAUGGUGCAUCAGGUUCCCAAUGAGCCAGAGGCCAGAUCCCUGGAGGUGCCUGGUCUGAACCCCUACACCUUCUACAGGUUCCGCAUGCGACAGGUGAACAUCGUGGGCACCAGCCCCCCCAGCCAGCCGUCCCGAAAGAUCCAGACCCUGCAGGCCCCCCCCGACAUGGCCCCCAUCAACGUCACCCUGCGCACCGCCAGCGAGACCAGCCUGUGGCUCCGAUGGGUGCCCCUGCCGGAGUGGGAGUACAAUGGGAACCCGGAGCUGGUGGGGUACCGGGUGCAGUACCUGCGGUCGGGCUCGCAGGCCCGGCCGCUGACCCACACGGUGCCGGACCGGCUGGAGCGCGAGUUCACCAUCGAGGACCUGGAGGAGUGGAGCGAGUACGACGUGCGGGUGCAGGCCCUCAACGGCAUCGGGGCCGGGCCCUGGAGCCCCCCGGUGCGCGGGAGGACCCGGGAGUCCGUCCCGUCCUGCGGCCCCACCAACAUCUCGGCCUUCGCCACGACCUCCAGCAGCAUCCUGGUACGCUGGCUCCAGGUCCCUGAGCCUGACAGGAACGGCCUCAUCCUGGGGUACAAGGUGGUGUAUAAGGAGAAGGACUCGGACAGCCCUCUCCAGUUCUGGACGGUGGAGGGUAACGCCACCCACAGUGUGCAGCUGAGCGGUUUGGGGAAGUACGUCCUGUACGAGAUCCAGGUCCUGGCCUUCACCCGCAUCGGCGACGGCGUGCCCACCUCACCCCCCAUCCUGGAGCGCACCCUGGACGACGUGCCUGGCCCGCCGGUGGGAAUCCUGUUCCCGGAGGUCCGCACCACAUCCGUACGACUCAUCUGGAAAUCCCCCGCCCAGCCCAACGGCAUCAUCCUGGCCUAUCAGAUCACGUACCGGCUGAACUCCACCAACGCGGUGGUGGUGGACAUGAUGAACCCCAGCUCCAGGCAGUACACGGUGACGUCGCUGAAGCCCGAGUCGGUGUACGUGUUCCGGCUCACCGCCCAGACGCGCAAGGGCUGGGGAGAGGCGGCGGAGGCCCUGGUGGUCACCACGGAGAAGAGAGCCCGCCCCCAGCCCACCGGCCGGCCCACAAUGCAGCAGGAGGACGUGCAGGCCCGGAGCGUGCUGCUGGCCUGGGAGCCGGGCAGCGACGGCCUCUCUCCGGUGCGGUACUACACGGUGCAGUCCAGGGAGCUGCCCGACAGCAACUGGACCGUCCACUCCGCCUCGGUCAACCACGAGGCCUCCUCCUACGUCGUGGACAGAUUGAAGCCCUUCACCUCGUACCAGUUCAGAGUGAAGGCCACCAACGACAUCGGGGACAGUGAGUACAGCGAGGAGAGCGAGGCCAUCACCACUCUGCAGGACGCCCCUGACGGAGCUCCCACAAUCCUCUCUGUCACGCCUCACACCACCACCUCCGUGCUGAUUCGCUGGCAGCCGCCGGCGGAGGAGCGGAUAAACGGGAUUCUGCUGGGAUUCCGGGUGCGUUACCGGGAGCUGCUGUACGACCGGCUGAGGAGUUUCACCGUCCGCACCGUCAACAGCCCGUCCGCCAGCUGGGCCGAGCUCACCUCCCCCUACAGCGUACGCAACCUGAGCGAGUCUACUCUCACCCACUAUGAGCUCGACAACCUGAGCAAGCACAAGCGCUACGAGAUCCGCCUCAGCGUGUACAACGCCGUGGGGGAGGGGCCGACCAGCACGCCACAGGAAGUGUUCGUGGGAGAGGCAGUUCCCACUGCUCCGCCCCAAAAUGUGGCCAUCCAAUCAGCAACGGCCACCCAGCUGGACGUGACGUGGGACCCCCCUCCACUGGAAACCCAAAACGGGGACAUUCAGGGGUACAAGGUGUACUUCUGGGAGUUCCAGCGGCAGAACGAGACGGAGAGGUUGCGCACGCUCUUCCUGCCCGAGGGCGGGGUGAAGCUGAAGAACCUGACGGGCUACACCACCUACAUGAUCAGCGUGGGGCCCUUUAACGCCGCGGGGGACGGGCCCCGGAGCCCCCCCACCCGGGGUCGCACUCAGCAGGCCGCCCCCAGUGCUCCCAGCUACAUCCACUUCAGCGAGCUCACCACCACCUCUGUCAACGUCUCCUGGGGGGAGCCCGUCUACCCCAACGGCAUCAUCGAGGGGUACCGGCUCGUCUACGAACCCUGCACCCCUGUGGACGGAGUCAGUAAGAUCGUGACAGUGGACGUGAAGGGGAGCGCCCCCUUCUGGAUGAAAAUCAAGGAUCUGGCCGACGGGGUCACGUACAACUUCCGUAUCCGCGCCAAAACCUUCACCUACGGACCCCAGGUGGAGGCUAACAUCACCACCGGGCCCGGGGAAGGAGCCCCAGGGCCCCCCGGAGAGCCCUUCAUCUCCCGCUACGGCACGGCCCUCACCAUCCACUGGGCCAACGGCGAUCCCGGACGGGCCCCCAUCACGCGCUACGUCAUCGAGGCCAGGCCCUCGGAUGAGGGCCUGUGGGAUAUCUUGAUCAAGGACAUCCCCAAGGAGGUGACGUCGUACACGUUCAACAUGAACAUCCUGAAGCAAGGGGUCAGCUACGACUUCCGGGUGAUCGGGGUCAACGACUACGGCUACGGUUCCCCCAGUCCGCCGUCGCCCUCCAUAUCCGCCCAGAAGGUGGCGCCCUUUUAUGAGGAGUGGUGGUUUCUGGUGGUGGUGGCCCUGGUGGGGCUCAUCUUCAUCCUGCUGCUGGUCUUCAUCCUCAUCAUCAGAGGUCAGAGCAAGAAGUACGCCAAGAAGUCGGAGUCAGGUAACACCUCCACCUGCAACGCCCUGACCCACGGGGAGAUGGUCAGCCUGGACGAGGGCCGCUUCCCCGCCCUGGAGCUCAACAACCGCCGGCUGUCCGUCAAGAACUCCUUCUGCCGCAAGAACGGGGUCUACACCAGAUCUCCCCCCCGGCCCAGCCCCGGCAGCCUGCACUACUCUGACGAGGACGUGAGCACCAAGUACAACGACCUGAUCCCGGCGGAGAGCAGCAGCCUGACCGAGAAGCCCUCUGAGAUCUCCGACUCUCAGGGCAGUGACAGCGAAUACGAGCUGGACCCGGGCAGGCAGAAGACGCACUCGUUCGUGAACCACUACAUCAGCGACCCCACGUACUACAACUCGUGGCGCCGGCAGCAGAAGGGCAUCUCCCGCGCGCAGGCCUACAGCUACACCGAGUCCGACCCGGGCGACCCGGACCCCGCGCCCACGCCCACCCCCCCGGCCUCGGCGGCCGCGCCCGCCCAGGGCAGCCUGUUCCGGCCCAAGGGCAGCCGGACUCCCACUCCCUCCCAGCAGAGCUCCAACCCGCCCGGCCAGCACAGCGCCCUCUACAGGCCCCCCAGCAGCCUGGCGCCCGGCUCCCGCGCCCCCAUCGCCGGCUUCUCCUCCUUCGUUUGA